UAUGUUCGACAAAAACAUUAAAACGUAGUCUGCUACUGCUUGUAGGAUCAUGCAUGGUUCGUGGUAACAGAGCAAGCAUUUUGAAUCUUGUGAAAUGAAUAUGAAGGAGAGAAAUUUCGCCUUGAUUAAGCAAGGGUCCGAAGCCAAAAUAUAUAGUGGCACUUUUCAUGGAAAACCGUGCAUUAUCAAGGAAAGGUUUGUGAAGCGUUACAGACACCCACAUCUUGACCGGGAAAUUUCAACUCAAAGACUAAAAAGCGAAGUCCGCUCACUUGUUCGUUGUCGCCUAGCAGGUGUCCAUGCUCCAACUGUGUAUUGUGUUAAUGUGGAGCUAAAUCAUAUAAUGAUGGAGCACAUUACUGAUGGUGUGACAGUUAAAGACUUCAUUAAGGAUCCUGUUAAUCAAAAUAGUCUUGAGACAUUGGUUUCUACAAUUGGAAGUACAAUUGGUCUGUUGCAUUCCCAGAACAUCAUCCAUGGGGAUUUAACUACUUCUAAUAUGCUGAUUCGAGGUGGUGAUAUUUCUAAAAUCACAGUAAUUGAUUUUGGUCUCAGCUUCAUUGACCAUUCUCCAGAAGAUAAGGGAGUUGAUCUGUAUGUUCUUGAAAGAGCUAUGCUAAGUACUCACCCUAACUCUGAAAAUUUAUUUGAAAUAAUUCUUAAGUAUUAUGCAAAGACAAAUAAGAAAGAUGGAAAAGAAACUCUAAAAAAACUUGAUGAAAUUCGUCUUCGUGGUAGAAAGCGUUCGAUGGCUGGAUAAACGAUGAGAUCUCGAAAUAAAAUGCCACAGGAUCAGAAUUAA